UAAUUUUCAAAAAAAAAGUAAUUAAAUCUUUUUGGCACACUCGUUCUCUUGUGUAACCUUCCCACAACCCCAUCGAGAUACUUACCCUAUUCUACAAGUGAAUGAUUUAAUCAUAAAUUUCACUCUUCUCACUAUUUUCAUCAUCAUCGUUAAUAUCAAGCAUUGCAAUUUUCAUAGCAUAAUCAACAAUGGAAGAAGAAAACAAUGCCGAAUCAAAACCAGAUCUAACAGAAGAAACCUCGUUGGAAACAAUUGUUCGGAGUUUCCAAGAUUCAAUGUCAGUAACCAAACAACACAAAUUCUGGGAAACACAACCUGUUGGUCAAUACAAAGAUGUUGGUGACACAACCCUACCAGAAGGACCAAUUGAACCACCAAAACCCUUAUCAGAAGUCAAACAAGAACCUUAUAAUCUUCCAAAUUUAUAUGAAUGGACAACAUGUGAUAUGGGUUGUCAAGAAACAUGUGAUGAGGUUUAUCUUUUGUUGAAGAAUAAUUAUGUUGAGGAUGAUGAGAAUAUGUUUAGGUUUAAUUAUUCUAAGGAGUUUUUAACAUGGGCUUUGUGUGUUCCUGGGUAUUUUAAGACUUGGCAUAUUGGUGUUCGUGCGAAAGGGUCGAAGAAAUUGGUUGCUUUUAUUACUGGGAUACCGGCGAGGAUUAGGGUUAAUGAUAAGGUUGUUAGAAUGGCUGAGAUUAACUUUUUGUGUGUGCAUAAGAAACUUAGGUCGAAGAGGCUUGCCCCGGUUAUGAUUAAGGAGGUUACUAGGAGGGUUCAUUUGGAGGAUAUUUGGCAAGCGGCUUAUACGGCUGGGGUUGUGCUACCGACUCCGGUUGCUACUUGUCAGUAUUGGCAUAGGUCGUUGAAUCCGAAGAAGCUUAUUGAUGUUGGGUUUUCGAGGCUUGGUGCAAGGAUGACUAUGAGUAGGACUAUUAAGCUUUAUAAGUUGCCUGAUUCGACAGUUACGGAAGGGUUUAGGAAAAUGGAGCUGAGGGAUGUUCCUGCAGUUACGAGGUUGCUUAGGGGUUAUUUAGGACAGUUUGUUGUUGCGCCUGAUUUCGAUGAAGAUGAUGUUGAGCAUUGGUUGCUUCCACAUGAGGAUGUUGUGGAUAGUUACUUGGUUGAGAGUCCUGAAAACCAUGAGAUUACUGAUUUUUGUAGCUUUUAUACAUUGCCUAGUUCAAUUCUUGGAAAUCAGAGUUACUCAAGUUUGAAAAUUGCUUAUUCUUAUUAUAACGUGGUUACUAAAACUCCACUGGCUCAGUUGAUGAACGAUGCUCUGAUCGUGGCGAAGCAGAAGGAUUUCGAUGUUUUCAAUGCGUUGGAUGUAAUGCAUAAUGAGGGUUUUCUUAAAGAGCUCAAGUUUGGACCUGGAGAUGGACAGCUUCACUACUACUUGUACAAUUAUAGGGUUCGUAAUGCCUUGAAACCAUCUGAACUUGGCCUUGUGCUCUUGUAGUCUCUGAUAUGUUUUCAGUUUUGGUUUUGUUAUGCAAUUUGGAAAAACGAUUCAUUGGUUUUGUUUUAUUAGUUUGUUGUUUCAACUAAA